CGGCAUGGCUGUUGGGUUGUUGUUUUUUUUUUUCGUUGCUCCAUCCGUACGACUAGUGUGCCAGUGGCUGGACCGUGGCUGGCCUAAACCACUGUCAGCAGUAGUCGGCGAAGUGCACUGCUCGUUUGUUCACGCGUUUCCCGUGUUCUGCUUUGCUGCACGGUUGGCAAAAAGGAACUGCACAUCCACCGUUGUGAGUGUGUGUAUCGUUGAACAGACGCCGCAUGACAGCGUGAAACAGUGUUCCACAUCGAUAACUCGUCAGUUGUUUUCGCCUCCCUCCACCCACCCCCUCCCAUCCCCUGUCCCAUCGUAAAGCAAGCCGAAGAAUUGAUAUUCCCCAAAGCGGCAGCGAAUUUUUGCAUCCCCAAAAAUAGAACUCCCGCCGUACGGUCUUGAACACGAAUCACGCUUAUCGCGCGUGUGGUGCAAAACAAAUAGAAGUGAUUUUAAGGGUGAGAGGGAAAAAAAAUAUUAAAGUGCUACCAUUCACACACACACAUACAAGCGAGUGCGCACUGAUUUUCCAGUGUGCGAAUGUUUUGGUUGUAAAAAGUCACGCGAAAACGGGGAAAAUAUAUUAACAAACGGAAAAAGCUUCGCGUGCCUGUGAAGAUCGAAACCACAUGCUGCGCGCUUUAUGUACGCAGACUGUGAGUGACUGUGCGUUGCUAUGAGUGACCAGGGAGCCCCUGGUGAGUGGCGCAUGCAGUGAGUGUGUGUGUGUGUGAGUGUUGUUUGCGCCCACUGAAGCGCCACCCCAUGUGCCAUGUGCUUUUGUUUACGACCCACGUGCUUCGCUGGUACGUCGCAUUCGUCCCAUUGGCCAUCGACGAUUUCAUCGGUGACGUCACAUCGGUAUCGUUCGUCGGUAGCGGCAGCAACGUGUGCCGGAUCGCGAUGUCCGAUGGCUGUUUCGGCAGUGUCCGUGUGCAGUAGUAGUAGCGCGGCCAGCAGCGAUGGUUGUACGGUUACGUGUUCGCAGAUCCACUACAGCGGCGUAGUGGCAGUGUGUGAAUGUGCAUCCAGUAGCGGAUAGAGGCUGCCUAUUGGCAUCGGUGGACAUCGCUGUCAGUUGUGGUGUGUCCGUCCGUCGGAGCAAGGAAGGAAGUUUGUUUGCGCGCGUGGUGCGAAUCGGCUGCGUGUGGCCACUAGUGUGCGUGUGUGUGUGUGUGAGCGUGUUUUAUUUAUUGGUUAGUGGCUUUUCCCUCUUCUCUCCGGCGUGGAUUGUGCACAUGACCGGCGAACCAAUGACUGCCCGUGGAGCCGUUGCUGGACGAGCGCCCCAUCUACAACCCCCACACGCCAAUCACCCGCUGCAAGCGCUGCGUACGGACGACAUUGAGGUGCAGGUCCUCGAGCAAGGGAUCGAACUUUGUAGCGGUAGCAGCGGCGAACGGAAGGCCAAUGUUGCUAGCGGCCCUUCAUCCGGCAGUAGCGGGGGCCCAAAACCACCCACCAACUUUGGACGCGGCCGGAUCAGCCUUCAACCAUCCACGACCGGCACCACUUCGCUCGUAACAGGUACGGGUACAUCCGGAGGACUGGGAACGGGCACUAAUGGGCCAGCGGCCGCCGGUACAGUGCCACCCGGAUCGCGGAUAGCAUCGCUCAAGAACCCGGUCGGCUGGGUAUGCUGUGCGCCGUGCAUAUGGCUGAGGAGUUCUUCCGCCGUACAUAAGAUGGCGAUAACGGCAGCCACGCUACUGGUGACGUCACUGCUGGUGGCAUCGCCGAUACUGUUUCUCAUUUCGGCCGCACCGUCACAGUUGCCGCGCGAUUGUUUUGCUGCUGACGAGGACGAUUGUCAUCCGACACCGGCACCGCCACCCGUCUGUGCUGAUCCGAUCUGCCGUGCGGCAGCCAUUAGCAUAUCGUCCCGCAUGAACUGGGACGUUGAGCCGUGCCGGGAGUUUAAGAACUACAGCUGCUCCACGAUGGAGAGUAGCCUGCGGGCGGUCAAAAGUGCCCAGGAACUGGCCGAUACACAGAUGCAGCAGUUGCUGUCGCUAAACACAACGAGCGGGAUAUUUCGAAAGUUGGGCCGUCUGUACGGCAGUUGCCUGCGCCAGGAACUCAACGAUACGAGCAUCAGAAGGCGUCUGGAACAGCUCGGUGGCUAUCUACACAUCGGAUCGGUGGGACCACAAAGCAUAUCGCCGUUGGUAGCGAAGAUUCAAGCGAUUGGACCGCUGCCAUUGAUCGGCAUCUACUACGAUCUCAGCUAUGGCCGCAAACCCCAGACGCUGCUGAUCAUCGAUGGACCAAACACGCCACCGAACAUACUGGAGAAUCCCGUUCGAUGGAAUGGACCAAGGGCACCGCCCUACGACGUGGAGGAGGUGCCGGAGCUGCUAGACGAAUUAAUCAAUACAUUUCUACCGUUGGGGCUGAGCGGCGAUCAGAGGCAAUCGGAACGGAACCUUAUUUUUAGCUUUAUUCGUGAACUCAAUCAGAUUCGACGAAACUAUGUGCAGAAGGAUUUUACCAGCAGCUACGUCCUGAACAACGUGACUGCCCUUUUAAAUGCCCAUCCUUUUCUUGCCUGGUCCGAUCUGGUACCGAGCAACUGGACCGGUCCAAUCGUGAUCCGAAGUCCCGAAUACCUACGGCAGCUUCGAAAGCUGCUUCUGCAGUACCAGAACCGUGUGAUCCAUAACUCGCUACUGAUGCUGUUCGCACUCAAUACGCUUCCACCGGGCCGUCCGUCACCGUUGGUUUGUACGCGAGCAACAAACUGGGCUUUGCCGGAGGUCACAUCUGCCCUGUUUGUGGCCCAGUACAGCGAGGAGGUCAUACGGCACGCUAUUCAAAGGACGGAGGAAAUGUUCGAAAACAUGAAGCAACAUCUGAAGCGGGCUCCAUCGCUACGGGGCGCGGCACUGGUACGGUUGUCCCAGCUGAAGGUACAGGCCAAAGUUUGGCCAACGUUGUUUAACCGAACAGAAAUCGCUUCCGUACUGGAUGAGAUCGAAAUCAGCUCGGACAAUUGGUUCGAAAAUGUUCUGAAAAUUUACGAAAUCAACAACAAUCGCACCAAGGCGGUUAAUUUUACCGUGGACUCUUCUCAGACAGCUUACGCGUAUCCACAAAUAUCGAAAGUAUUCUACGACACCCUGUCCCACUCGAUCGUCGUACCGCUGUCCGUGAUCCUGGUGCCGUACUUUAACCCAGUGCUUCCACCGUACCUUCACUACGCCUCCCUCGGUACGACCCUCGCCAAAGAGAUCCUGCGCUCCAUCACGAAAGCGUUCGAGACGAAGAUCAUGCAGUGUGUGCCGAGUGCCGUGAGUGUCUUCUCGAACGCGAGCCGCAUGGAGCUGUUGAUCCAUUCCGGCGGACUGCAGAUCGCUUACCAUACGCUCCUAUCCCUGUCCGGACCGAUCAAGGGCAUGAACCGGCUGCUCGGGUUGAGUUUGACGCCACCGCAAAUCUUUUUCCUUAUCUCCGCCCAGCAGCUGUGUGCCGAAUCCGACUACGGUGGGAUCGAUGUCAAUUCGAGCGAUUUCGAUGAAAUACUUGCCUGGCUGAUCUCGCAGGGUGGCAGUGCAUCCGAUGUCUUUCAGUGUCAUUCGACCACUAAGUUAAGUUACCAGAAGAAUUGCGACAUAUGGUAAGGCGCGAGCAGGUGUCCACUGACGACGGCAGCACCC